GCCGCGCUCGCUCGUGGGAGAGCAUGGCGGGGGCUGCGCCGGGCGCCAUCAUGGACGAGGACUACUUCGGGAGUGCGGCCGAGUGGGGCGAUGAGGCGGAUAGCGGCCAGCAGGAGGAUGAUUCUGGAGAAGGAGAGGAUGAUGCAGAGGUCCAGCAGGAAUGCCUGCAUAAAUUUUCCACCCGGGACUAUAUCAUGGAACCUUCCAUCUUUAACACUCUAAAGAGGUAUUUUCAGGCAGGAGGGUCUCCCGAGAAUGUUAUCCAGCUCUUAUCGGAGAACUACACUGCAGUGGCCCAGACUGUGAACCUGCUGGCUGAGUGGCUCAUUCAGACAGGUGUUGAGCCAGUGCAGGUUCAGGAAACUGUGGAAAACCACUUGAAGAGUUUAUUGAUCAAACAUUUUGACCCCCGCAAAGCAGAUUCUAUUUUCACUGAAGAAGGAGAGACCCCAGCAUGGCUUGAACAAAUGAUUGCACACACCACAUGGAGAGAUCUUUUCUAUAAGCUGGCUGAAGCCCACCCAGACUGUUUGAUGCUUAACUUUACUGUGAAGCUGAUUUCUGACGCAGGUUACCAAGGGGAGAUAACCAGCGUGUCCACAGCAUGCCAGCAGCUGGAGGUGUUCUCCAGAGUACUUCGUACCUCUCUAGCUACAAUUUUAGAUGGAGGAGAGGAAAACCUGGAAAAAAAUCUCCCUGAGUUUGCCAAGAUGGUCUGCCACGGGGAGCACACAUACCUGUUUGCCCAGGCCAUGAUGUCAGUGCUGGCCCAGGAGGAGCAAGGGGGCUCGGCCGUGCGUAGGAUCGCUCAGGAAGUGCAGCGCUUCGCCCAGGAGAAAGGCCAUGAUGCCAGUCAGAUCACAUUGGCCUUAGGUACAGCCGCAUCCUACCCCAGAGCUUGCCAGGCCCUCGGUGCCAUGCUGUCCAAAGGUGCCCUGAACCCCGCUGACAUCACUGUCCUCUACAAGAUGUUCACCAGUAUGGACCCUCCUCCUGUUGAACUCAUCCGGGUGCCAGCCUUCCUGGACCUGUUCAUGCAGUCACUGUUUAAGCCAGGGGCCAGGAUCAACCAGGACCACAAACACAAGUACAUCCACAUCCUGGCUUAUGCAGCAAGCGUAGUUGAGACCUGGAAAAAGAACAAGCGUGUGAACAUCAACAAGGAUGAGCUGAAGUCAACAUCAAAAGCCAUCGAAACUGUUCAUAAUUUGUGUUGCAAUGAGAACAAAGGGGCCUCUGAACUAGUGGCAGAGCUCAGCACACUUUAUCAGUGUAUUAGGUUUCCAGUAGUAGCAAUGGGUGUGCUGAAAUGGGUGGAUUGGACCGUGUCAGAACCAAGGUACUUUCAACUACAGACGGACCAUACACCGGUGCACCUGGCGUUGCUGGAUGAGAUCAGCACCUGCCACCAGCUCCUGCACCCCCAGGUCCUGCAGCUGCUUGUUAAGCUUUUUGAGACUGAGCACUCUCAGCUGGAUGUGAUGGAGCAGCUUGAGUUGAAGAAGACCCUGCUGGACAGGAUGGUUCACCUGCUGAGUCGAGGUUAUGUACUUCCUGUUGUCAGUUACAUCCGAAAGUGUCUGGAGAAGCUGGACACUGACAUUUCACUCAUUCGCUAUUUUGUCACUGAGGUACUGGAUGUCAUUGCCCCUCCGUACACCUCUGACUUUGUGCAGCUUUUCCUCCCCAUCUUGGAAAAUGACAGCAUCGCAGGCACCAUUAAAACAGAAGGCGAGCAUGACCCUGUGACGGAAUUUAUAGCUCACUGCAAAUCUAACUUCAUCAUGGUCAACUAAUUUAGAGCAUCCUCCAGAGCUGCAGAACAUUCAAGGUGACCCUUCCAAGGAACUGCUGUUUGAAGAGGCUCAACCAGCACCUUGGAGAUGGGCUCUGCAGGGAGGAGGCAGAUGACCUUUCUUAAAAAGGAAAAUGUUAGCAGUAUAAGUGGAAAACUGCUACUACAAGAAGUCCCUUCUCUUUGUUGUAAAUCCAGUACUGCCCCUAAAUCCUGUUUACAGUAUUCAUUUCCCUCAGUGUAAGAACUAGGUUUGAGUUGCUUCACGGGAUGCACCCGACUAUCAGCCCAGGGGUGGCGGGAAUUCAGAAACUGAGACAUUUCAGUGAACUACUUACUUUCAGAGCUGACUUAGGUUUUUUUGAAAGAACCCGAUUAGUUGGUGAUUUGUUGUUACUGUUUUAAUUUGCUAAGAACAAAUAAAUAAGUUUUUAAAAAGCCUU